GCAAACAUCCAGUUUUUGAAAGCAGGGAAACCAACACUCUGCCACGAUGAUUUAUCUUUCAGGACUUGUAGGAUUCCUGCUGAUGCUUACAGCUGAGGCCAAAAUUGGAAACUCCUCUGAGUUACCGUUCUGUACUGAGACAAAAGAGUGCCUGCUGUUUGAUCUCGUCUGUGAGACUGAAGAUUAUCAGGUCCGUCACUAUGACUCUGUGACAUGGGUUUCCACCACGGACUCAUCCCUCUUCAUGGAGAUUGCAUCAAUGAGAUCAUUCAGGCGACUGUUCAGAUACAUCACUGGUGAAAACGAGAAUGGAGAGAAAAUUGAAAUGACAGCUCCUGUUAUUGUGAAAGUCGAAGAAAACAAGGGAUUUUGGCAAAUGGGUGAAUACACAAUGAGUUUCCUGCUGCCAUCUACACAUCAGGCAAAUCCCCCAAAACCUACUGAUGAGAAGGUGUUCAUCAACACGAUGAAAGACAUGAAAGUGUAUGUGAAGAGCUACGGAGGAUGGUUGACGACCUUUGCUGACAAAAACAAAGCGAGAAGCCUGACAUCUGACCUGGACCAAGUGGAUGCAGAGUACAAAAAAGGCUUCCACUAUGCUGUUGGAUAUGACAGUCCAAUGAAGAUGUUCAACAGGCACAAUGAGGUGUGGAAAAUAGUUGAGGAUGACCCAGUGUGUUCCAGCAGUGAGGAAAAGUAGUUUUCUCUUUUCUCCCUAAAAUAACGACCCCUGUGGAAUGAGAAUUGACAGGAUACAUUUCUUCAAGUCAUAUGGAUAACCCGCUAGCAAGAUUACAGAUUUAAAAAUACUGAUGAAUUUGAAUAUCAAUGAAGUGCAUACACCAUGUAGUACUAG